GCGACCAGCAUGCAAGGCGACCUCGUCCGCGACUGCCAGGACAAGCGCGUGCUCGUGCUCGGGUCUGGAGACGCCGCCCACGACGUGGCCAAGGUGGCGGCCAGCAUGACCCGCGUCGCCAUCGACGAUCCCUCGGCGCUCGCGACCAUCGCGCCGGCGUCCGUCGAUGUCGUUCUCAGCCAUGGCGCGCACCGGUACCUUGACGAGGCUGCUCUCGCCGCCGUGGCGUCCGCAACAAUCGCCUGCCUCGUCGAAGGCGGCCUCGUCUACUUUGAGGAGAUGUGCUUUGGUGGCGACGACGCCAAGGCUACGUACCGACACCCGCGCGCGUACACGGAAGCGUACGCGUCUGUGUGUCGCCCCGACGGGCCGCUCAUGGCGCAGUUUGAGCUGCGAGCGUCGUCGGCUACGCGUACUGCCAACCAUGGCAUGCACGUGACCUUUGCCUUUGUCAAGGUGCUCAAGCAGGACACGCUGGCGUCCUUCCAGCGCUUCCUGGACGCGCAGCAGUAUUCGCGCGGCAGCAUUGCGCGGUACGAAAAGAUCUUUGGCGCGGGCUACAUCAGCACGGGCGGCCAAGACACGACGACCGAGUUUGUCGCCAAGCUCGGCCUCGUGCGUGGCGAGCGCGUCCUCGACGUCGGCUGCGGCAUUGGCGGCGGCGACUUUUACAUGGCCAAGACCUUUGGCGUCAGCGUCGUCGGCAUCGACCUCUCGACCAACAUGGUGCACCGCGCGCUCGAGACGUCGCUGACCGACCCAAGCGUCGACUGCGAGUUUGAAAUUUGCGACGCGACCACCAAGGAGUAUGCGCCGGCGUCGUUCGACGUCAUCUACUCGCGCGACACGAUCUUGCACAUUGCUGACAAGACAUCGCUCUUUGCCAAGUUUUACACGUGGCUCAAGCCCGGCGGCCGCCUCCUCAUCUCGGACUACUGCUGCGGCGAGGCAGAGACGCAAACGGCCCGCUUCAAGGCGUACGUGGCGAGCCGCGGGUACCACCUGCUGACGCCGGCGGCGUACGGCCAAGUGAUUGCGAGCGUUGGGUUUUCGGACGUCGAGGCGGAAGAUCGUACGGAGCACUUUGUGCAGGUGCUGCAGACGGAGCUGGCCCGGACGCGCCUCAACAAGGACGCGUUCAUUGCCGAGACGUCGGCGCACGACUACGAGGACAUUGUGGACGGCUGGGAGGCCAAGCUCGUGCGCUGCGCAGAAGGCGACCAGAAGUGGGGCCUCUUCUUCGCCCGCAAGGCGUAG